AUGGAUGGCGGACCAGAGAUGCGCUCUGAAACUAAGGCAUUCCUAUUAGAAAGAGGAAUAUCUUAUGUUAACAUUUCCGCUUACCAUCCUGAAUCAAAUGGGCCCGUUGAACGCUCAAUGCGUACCUUAAAAGAUGCCCUUUCAAAGAUGACAGAUGGGAUCACAGUGAAUGCGACAACUGGGAUAUCACCCUUCUAUUUCCUCUUUGGAAAUGAAGCCAUCCUGCCGAUAGAACAUGAUAUUCAAUCAUGGGAUGUUCUUCCGUGGGAUACAGUGUCAACGAGAGAAGAUUUGAUUGCGACAAGAGCUCGUCAAUUGCUUCUAAAGCAAUCGGAGAUCCAAGAAGGCCUGCAGCGGCUAGAACGUCUUCGAGAAAGCAACAAGGAAGCUUAUGAUGAACGACAUGUGCUUCGGAAUACGCCGCUGGAGAUGAAUGAACUUGUGCUGUUGCAUAAUUCGAUUACCCAGAACGAUCUGCGUGCCGAUACUAGACUCCGAUAUCGAUGGUCAGGACCUUAUCGAAUUGCUGCCGUUAAAGGAAAUGGAGCAUAUGCGUUGAAAGAGCUUGAUAGGACACUUAUCUAUCACGCUUUCUCACAGCCAUCGGAUGGAAUUCGACGCCCUGAUGCAGUGAACGGAAAUAGGUUGAAGAGGUUCUGGCCUCGAUCAGAUCUUCUCCUGCUAAAUGAUGAGCGUCCUGUAAUAGCGUCGAUCGAAUGA